AGAAGCCAUAUGUAUUCUCAUGGAACCCGGUAGUAAGUGAUAAACGAACCCACCGCAACGCGAAAAUAGGUAGUGAUUCCCCCAUUGCUGACACAACUGAGACUGGGAAGAUACGAGCGAAGAGCCAAUAUUACACACACACACAGUAGUUCUUCACACUCUCUCUCACACACAUUUUCUCAGAUCGGAUCGACUCCAUCCGAAUUCAUUCAUACAAUUUUCAACUCUUAGAUCCACCCUCUUUCUUUAUACACACACUUGAAUUUGGGAUUUAAUUUUGCAUAAUUUGGCUCCCCGAUUCGAAUGGCGUGCAUAAAAGGGGUAAAUCGAUCGGCAUCCGUGGCUCUGGCACCGGAGGCACCGUACAUGGCGGCCGGAACCAUGGCGGGGGCAGUUGAUAUGUCCUUUAGCUCUUCUGCUAAUCUCGAAAUAUUCAACCUUGAUUUCCAGUCCGACGAUCAGGAACUGCCCUUGGUCGGGGAGUGCACGAGCUCCGAGCGGUUCAAUCGUCUGUCCUGGGGAAAGAGUAGUUCUGCCUCUGAAGGUUUCUCUCUUGGGCUCGUUGCUGGUGGGCUGGUGGAUGGAAAUAUUGGCCUCUGGAAUCCUCUCACCCUGAUCCGUUCGGAGGUAAAAGAAAGUGCUUUUCUUCAGCAUCUUCUGAGGCAUAAAGGGCCAGUCCGUGGUCUCGAGUUUAAUACCAUUGCCCCCAAUCUUCUUGCAUCUGGGGCUGAUGAUGGUGAAAUUUGCAUUUGGGAUUUGGCCAAUCCUUCAGAGCCAUCUCAUUUUCCCAUUUUGCAGGGUACUGGCUCUGCUUCCCAGGGUGAAAUUUCAUUCUUAUCUUGGAAUAGCAAAGUCCAACACAUAUUAGCAUCAACUUCAUAUAAUGGGACCACUGUUGUCUGGGACCUAAGGAAGCAAAAGCCGGUGAUAAGCUUUGCAGAUUCUGUUAAAAGACGAUGUUCAGUUUUGCAGUGGAAUCCUGAUUUUGCCACUGAGCUAGUUGUUGCAUCAGAUGAAGAUGGUUCUCCUGCUGUGAGGCUUUGGGAUAUGAGGAAUAUAAUGGCACCAAUUAAAGAGUUUGUGGGACACAGCAGAGGUGUAAUUGCAAUGUCUUGGUGUCCCUAUGAUAGCUAUUAUUUAGUUACCUCUGCCAAAGAUAGUCGUACCAUAUGCUGGGACACAACUUCUGGAGAGAUUGUACGUGAAUUGCCUGCUGGGACCAACUGGAAUUUUGAUGUGCAUUGGUAUUCUAAAAUACCUGGAGUAAUUUCAGCAUCUUCCUUUGAUGGAAAAAUUGGCUUCUACAAUGUUGAGGGCUGCAGUCGGCAUGAUGCUGGGCAAAAUGAUUUUGGGACAGUAUCUCUAAGAGCUCCAAAAUGGUACAAACGCCCAGUUGGGGUGUCUUUUGGUUUUGGUGGCAAGCUUGUAUCAUUUAAUACCAAGUCAUCUGCCACAAAUGCUCCUGCUGGGCCUUCAGAGGUUUAUGUGCAUAAUAUGGUUACUGAACAAAGUCUAGCGAGUCGUUCCUCUGAAUUUGAAGCCGCAAUACAUAAUGGGGAAAGGUCUUUGCUGAGGGUUUUAUGUGACAAGAAGUUUCAGGAAUCAGAAUCUGAUGAAGAAAGAGAAACAUGGGGCUUCUUAAAGGUUAUGUUUGAAGAUGAUGGGACAGCACGAACGAAGCUGCUUGCACACCUUGGUUUUACUGUACCUAUUGAAGAAAAAGACACAGCUGUAGAUGAUCUUGCACAAGAAGUCAGUGCUAUUGGACUUGAUGAGACAGCUGUUGAUAAAGUAGGACUUGGGCCUGAAAAUGAAUCUACUGCUUUCCCAGAUACUGGGGAGGAUUUCUUUAACAAUCUUCCUAGUCCGAAAGCUGAUACACCCGUAUCUACUUCUGGGGGUAAUGUGGAUUAUGCCAAUGGUUUGGACAAAACCCAAGAAGAGAUAGAAGUAGAGGAGAGUAAUGACCCUACAUUUGAUGAUAGUGUUCAGCGUGCAUUAGUUGUUGGGGACUACAAAGGGGCAGUUACGCAAUGCAUAUCUGCAAAUAAGUGGGCUGAUGCUCUAGUUAUUGCUCAUGUAGGUAGUGCUUCACUAUGGGAGAGUACACGAGACCAAUACCUUAAGAGAAUCAGAUCACCAUACUUGAAGGUUGUGUCUGCAAUGGUGAACAAGGAUCUCUUAAGCCUUGUGAAUACCAGGCCUCUAAAAUUUUGGAAAGAAACUCUUGCUCUUCUUUGUAGUUUUGCUCAGAGAGAUGAAUGGACAAUGCUUUGUGACACACUUGCUUCAAAACUCAAGGAAACUGAAAACAAGCUGCAACUGUUCUGUUAUAUAUGUGCUGGCAAUAUUGACAAAACACUUGAAAUUUGGUCAAAGAAUCUGCAAACUGAGCAUGAAGGAAGAUCAUAUGUUGAUGUUCUCCAGGAUUUGAUGGAAAAAACGAUUGUUCUUGCCUUAGCAACUGGGCAGAAGCAAUUUAGUGCAUCUCUUUGCAAGCUUGUGGAGAAAUAUGCUGAAAUUUUAGCAAGUCAAGGACUGUUGACUACAGCAAUGGAGUAUAUAAAGCUUUUGGGUUCUGCUGAACUGUCACCUGAACUUCUAGUCUUAAAAGAUCGGAUUUCUCUUUCUACACAACCAGGUAAAGCUUUUUUUCUACACAACCAAGUACAAAUGCACUGUUCUGAUUGGUAUGCUGAUGGUGAGAAAUUGACUAUUCAUUGACAGUAGCUUGAUGAA